AUGGAAACGCAGGGGCUGCCUGCCGCCGUGGAGGCGGCCCAGCCUGUGCCGGGCACCCAACAACAUGGCGGCGGCAGGAGCCCCGUCGUGGACGGAGCGGUUUCCGCCUCAGGGCCUGCCCGCCGACCUCCUCAGCCUCGCGACUCCGCGGCGGACGGAACAACCCCCGCGGGAGCCUGGGGGAGGAAAUGGGAGGAGUGGGGGAGGUGGCCGGUGCCGGGCUGCGCCUGGGCCUUCGCCAGGGCCUACAAGCUGCGGCGCCACCUGCACUCGCACGAGAAGCUGCGGCCCUUCGCCUGCUCGGUGCCCGGCUGCGCCAAGCGCUUCACCACCAUCUACAACCUCCGGGCUCACGGCCGGGCCCACGAGCAGGAGGCGAGCCACAAGUGCGAGGUUUGCGGGCAGCGUUUCCCCAGCGCCGCCCGCCUGGGCGCUCAUCAGCGGCGGAGCCACCUGGAGCCUGACCGGCCCUACCGGUGCGAGUAUCCAGGAUGUGAGAGGACCUUCAUAACAGUGAGUGCUUUAUUUUCUCAUAAUCGAGUCCACUUCAGGGAACAGGAACUGUUCUCCUGCUCCUUUCCAGGCUGUAACAAGCAAUAUGACAAAGCUUGCCGACUGAAAAUCCACAUGAGAAGUCACACAGGUGAGAGACCUUUUAUCUGUGACUUUGAAGGUUGUGGCUGGUCCUUCACUAGCAUGUCUAAGCUAUUAAGACACAAGAGGAAACAUGAGGAUGACAGGAGAUUUACAUGUCCUGUGGAAGGUUGUGGAAAAUCUUUCACAAGAGCAGAACACCUGAAAGGCCACAGUAUAACUCAUCUUGGCACAAAACCAUUUGAAUGUCCAGUUGAAGGAUGUUCUGCAAAAUUCUCAGCACGUAGUAGUCUCUAUAUUCACUCCAAAAAACACCUUCAGGAUGUGGACUCAUUGAAGACUCGUUGUCCUAUUUCAAGUUGUAAUAAAUCGUUCACUUCCAAACAUAGUAUGAAAACUCAUAUGGUCAAGCAACACAACUUUAGUACAGAUCUCUUAAAUCCUGUGGAGACGUUUGGUUCCCUCACACCUAGCAAUGAACUUGCCAGUUCAGGACAAAGUGACCUCAGCAAUGUAGACCUUGUGUCCCUUUUCUCUAGUGUAUCCGGGAACACCUCAGGAAUUUCAACUGAUAUGGCUCUGAUAAACUCUGGAAUUCUAACCAUAGAUGUUGCUUCUGUGGGCUCCACACUUGGAGGCAAUAUUUCUGUUGGUAAUAACUCUCUUAGCCAGACAGUUGAUCCACUGAUUUUAGUAGCUAGCAGUGAUAUUCCACACAACCUGGACAGCUCUCUUCUUUUGGGAACCACUGCCACUGUUCUACAGCAAAGCACUUUAAAUCUGGAUGAUGUACAGACUGUAAAUGCUGAAGCUUUGGGUUCAUUAGCAUCUUUGUCUACAAGGACCUCCAGUCAAGAUCUGCACGGUUUAACCUCUAGCAAUAAUCUGUCGGUAGACACAGCCACUUUAACCCCUUCCAACAACCUUGGUGGAAACAAUGCAUCUGAAUUGUUGGCUCCAAGUAAAGCAGAGCAAACAUUGCUUCCUAGUCUGGAUGUUGUGGGACAACAAGAAGGCAGUAAAGUGGUGACUCAGUUUGUGUUCUCCAACUCUCCUGGAAGUUACAGUGCACAGAAAGAAACUGAUCUGAGCACGGUGACUGGCAGCUCCUUUCUGGAGAGUAGCGGGUCUGCAAGAACAGAUUAUCGAGCUAUUCAGCUUGCCAAGAAGAGAAAACAGAAAGGAAAUGGGAGUGACUUAGGAACCCCUGACUGUGGUGGGAGAAAAGGAAAAGGUGAUAAAGUUAAUUCUUCUAGUCAUGGGAAUCGGUUGUGCCAUAAUGUUUUGCCAAAUGGAAGCCUCACUAUGAGAGACUCAUCAGCUACACAGUUUGUUCAAAUUCAGCUGCUUCAGGAUGAUUCCCCAGGAGAGGGAGAUCUGCCCUUUCAACUUAGUUCUCAGUCCUCCUCUUCACAUUCUCAGCUGACAGUGGACUUACCAGUUCAUAUCCUUCAGGAGCCACAGAACUCUGCUGAAGAGGAUGCUAGUUCUGAUAACUCUCAGUUUACAGGAAGCACCAUUAACCUACAAGACCUUGAGUGACUGUGUUAGGGAUGGAAACAUUGAAAUGUUCAAGUUCAGAAAUACCUUGGAGACUACAAAUCUUGUACAUUUCUACAAUGUGCACACAUCAAUGCUACAUUGUGGCUUACUUGAUGAUUAUUGUGCAGUGGAAAACUUGUUCAGUAAAUUUUAUUUGAUAAGGUUUUUGGAGACCUUAGUAUGUUGUGUCUUGUGAUCAGAAAAAGGUCCUUAUGGGGCAGUUAUUUAAGUUAGGCAUCGGAUGCUUUGGAAUCCUGUCUUGGAGUGGAUGUGUUGUGAUGAUAUUCCGUUAUGGGUUUUCUAAGAAUGCUCCUCAAAUACUCAUGAAUAGGCAGCAUUCUUGGCAGUUUUCUUGAUAUCCAUUCAAGUUGGUAAUAAGAGAUGCUCUUAUUUGAAUUUUGGGUUAGCUUGGAAGAACAACAAUGAAAAUUACUUGAAUGUUUCUUUUCAUAAAUUGACAGUUUUCUGAUACUGGUAAAUAUAAUUUUAAAAAGACAAAGGCAGAAAAACACAAUACAAUUCUCAGGGGUAGCUAAGACUGAAGGUGAACAGUAAUUUGUACUUCCUACAAUCACUGAUAAUUCGUAUUAUACAGUGCCCUUAAGAAGUUACUCACUAGAUGUUAAUCUUUACAUCUGUUGAUAAUGUUUACAUUAAUAUAAGCCAGUAUUGCCAAAUCCUAUUAAACUGUCACUUUAAUUAUGUAUAGCCCAGAUAGUACAUCUACUCAGAAAUAAGUUUUGUUGAGUUUGGUGGGACUUAAAUAAGUAUCCAUAGGACCAACUUUGCCAUUUACACUCAGAGAAAAAAAUCCUGCUAGUGUCCCUGAUAAACAAAGAAGAAGUGACUUCGUGGUGUAGAAAGUGGAUCUUUCAUUAAAUAGAAAACAGUUUCUAAGUAGUAGGAAGAGAGUUGUCUAGAUGAAGGUUUAACUGUCAAGACUUCAGCUAACAGAGGUAUAGAAAAAUCAGUGUUCAAUGAAAAACAUUAAGCCUGCAACUGUACCCAGAUGGUUGUAAAGAUAUACUGUACACAUAUAAGACUUCAUUAGAAAGCAGAGUAUGUAUGUAAGGAUUUUUAUUCCUAUUGAGUGUGAGUACAAAUGCACUUAUAUAUAUAAACCAAGGUGUUGUACAGAGAAAUACCUUGGAUCUCUUUAUUUGCAGUGAUGAGGUACACUAAAUUGUUGUUUGUCAGUCACAAAUAGAGAAGCAGUCAAGUUUCCCCAGGUUGGCACCUCCCCUGCUCCUUAUUUAGUGGGUCUCAUAUGCCACCAGAUGAGGCUUAGUGAAUGAGGAUUCCUCAUUGAAGAAGUAGGUUUCCAUCUUGCCACCAAAAUUUUCCUGGCAGUACUGACAGAGGGUGCUAUUUAAAGAGCCCUUGAUAAAUCCAUAGAAGGCUGCUAUUUUAGCAUCUUGGAUGCUGUGGCUUUAUCAUUCUUGCCACUUUGGGUUCCUGAAGAUUUACUUUUUUCCAGGAUUGCUGGGAGGACUUAUUUGGGCCUUACGUCAUACCACAUUGUCCUAUCAUGAAAAUGAUAUGGCUAAACUGACAUUGGAAGUGGAAUGAUUUCCUCACCUUAUCUUACCGGACCAUGACUAGUUUUUACCUUAAUUUAUUUUAAAUUAAGACUGAUGGUAAUGCCUAUAAUUAGUUGGAAGCAUACGAAUUAAUUCCAGUGCCUUUUAUGCCAUGUUUAGGGGGAAAAUGCAACCAAGCAUUUCAUAAGGAUUACUAUGUCUUAUAUUCUGAUUUGUAGGUAGCAUCUUUAAGAAAGAUAUUUAACAGCUCUAAUUUUUCAUUGUGUAAGUGGUACAAAAUAGAUCUGUCUCAACCUAUUACUUUACAGAAUUUACAAGUUUAUGCAUAAAUUAUCUUUCAUUUCUCUGAGACUUCAAACCAGAAAGAAUGAAGAAAUGACUGAUGUCUAAAGCUUUUGCACUCUCCUCAUUACUUUUCAGUUUAAGAAAAGUAAAAGCUUACAAAGGUUUGACAGAACGGAUUUGUCACCUUAGAUUCUUUUCUCAGUGGCAUAGUUCAUACACUUCUCAGUGAUCCUCAGAAGGGUUGAUGGGCAGGGACACCCUUCCCAACCCCAAGCACCAAAGGUAACUAGUGGGCUGGUCCAUGGAGUGGUCUAGUCGCAAGAUCCAUUUUCCACUCCACGCUUUUUCUUGAGGAGAAGGAGAGGUCCUCAGUAAAGACUGCUUAUCAGCAUUCUACCUUGGAUAAAUGGGAUGCAAGUAGCACACCCAUACUUUCACCAUUGAAAGAGGCUUGCUGAUGGCUUAAGAGUGUGAACUGGACCUACAUAAUCAUGGUGCUUCUGUUUUACAGAGUUGUGCUAAUUGAAAAAUAAGUCAGUAUUUCUAUGAGACAUGUAAAUGUGUUUUCUUCUAUAAAGUUUAUUUACUUGGCUUUGUAUAUGAUUGUAAAUUCCUAAUGGUUUAAAGGUAAGCAUCAGAUUUAGUCUGAAGUCCGUUGCUGGCAAUGGACAAUUGAAACACUGCUGAGUUAAAAGGACUAAUAAAUACAACUCUGUCCAGUUUCUCCAUUUCAGACGGUUCUUUUUUCAAUACAGAAUGUUCCUCAGAAGGAAGAAACUUCUGUAAACUCUGGUCCUGAAGGCAACUAGUCAGACACUGAAAAAUACAUGCCUUUGCUGCUUUCAUUUUCACAUCUCCAGGACUAUAAAGUCAAAGCAUCUGAAUGCAGCCUAGAUUUCUCUAAGACAUCACCUUCCUACUUUUGUACUUGUUUACAAAAAGCAACAAAAGAGAUUUUGAAUAAAAACCUAAAAGAGUAAA